AUGUCUGCUAUUGUGAGGACCAGACGAUCACAAAGGAUCAGGGAUAUUACUAAGAAUACACCUGCAGAAGAUAAUGACCUAAAGCAGACUAGUGUGGAGAUACGGUCGAAGAAGAAACGUAAAGUUAAGGAAGAUGAUAGUGAUACGGUAGAGAGUAACAGAAGGAACUCAUUGACUGUCAAAGAAGAGAUGGAAUGCAGACCAUUUGAGUUGAUAUCAGGAUUACCUAGUACUCAAGAGAUUCCUCAGUAUAAUUCAGCAUUAGUGCACCCCUUAUCGGUCGUAAAUUCCGGUGUGUUAUAUAAAUCAAUUGUCAAUUCCAGGAAUACUUGGAUUAAUGGUGAAAUGUUUGAUUUAUAUUAUACUAAAAAUUUAAAAAAUGGGGAUAAUGAAGGUGUAGACGGUAGCAACAUUUUGGUUAGAGAAAAAAUGCAAAAAAUGUGUGAUUGUACAAUGAUUGGAGGCCCUCAUGUAUUUCCAGUAAGGUUGUUUAUAUUUAAGAACGAGAGGAUUGAAAAGAAAUGGGAGGAAGAACAAGAACUGGAGAAAAAUAAAAGAGAAAAGUUAAAGAAAAGUUUCAUGGAAGAGAAGAAGCAUAGACUAUUGGAAAAGAAACAGAAGCAACAGCAAAAGAAGGAACAGAGAGAGAGAGAGCAACAAAUGAAAAAAGAACAAAGAGAGAAGCAUAAGCUGGAAUUGCAAAAAUUGAAAGCUGAGAAGAAGGAAGAACAGAAAAGGUUAAAAGAAGAACAAAGAAAGUUGAAAGAGGAGCAAAGAAAGGCUAAGGAAGAAGAAUUAAAGAAAUUAAAAGAAGAACAAAGAAAACUAAAGCAAGGACAGUUUCAAUCAAGGCAAAUCCCAAGCAAAAAUAAGGUUGUUCAAGCUGAUUCUAAAAAGAAUGAUGAUGUAUCCAACUCAAAAAUGAUUGCAAAUUUAAAUAUUAUGGCACAAAAAGAUCCUAAAGUUAAUAAUCUUAUGAUGAUUGUUUCAAAAGGAGAAGCUACAAAAGAACAAGUUGCAAAGUUUAAAAGAUAUAUGGAAAUAGCUAAAGCUAUGCCUUCAGCAUCGAACAACGCAUUAAAUUCUAGAAAGGAAGAUGUAAAAGAUGAUCAUAAACCUGACAAUAGCACUCCGAAACAAUCCUCAACGACAAUAAAAGAUAGUUUCGUUGAGGUGUCAAAGGAACUUUCAGACAAAAGUACAAAUGACCAAAAUGAACUAACUGAUAAUCCAAAUGCUGGCGCGGUACAUAUCGACAAGGAAACUGACUCCAAUGAAGAGACAAAAAAUGUUGAAUCAAAAAACCAAAAUGAAGAAGACACUACAAAAGCAGCACAACCUAUUCCAGCUGAUAAAACAAAGGCUGCGGAUGUUAAACUUGAAAAUAAUUUAGAAGAUGCAGAUUUAAAGAAGCAUCAUCUAACUGUUGAUUCUAAUAGCAGCUUUGUUGAAAAUGUUGAUGCAUCAGUCCAUAAAUCAGAUACUGAUGAUAACGUUAAAUUAGAAGAAUCGAUGGUAAUUCCAAAAAGAAGAUAUAGAAAGAACAGGGAUCUCGUUAAAGAAGAGGAAGAAAAAGAAAUGCAAUUAACUGCUUUCCAGCAAAAAUAUGUCGAUGAAUCGGAGUUAGCAAUUGAAUUCCAGGAAAACGUGAUAUGUAGAUAUACUCUCUCAAGAAAAGCUAUAAUUGAAUAUUUAGAAGAGUCAAAUGAAUAUAUCUACUCUUGGAUGUUGGUGCAUAAUAGAAAGGAAAUAAUGCGAUUCAAGAAUAGAAGAAUUAAAGAAUUGACUAAAAAUGUUAAAGAUGAAGAGAAAAAAGAUGAAAUCAUUUCACAAUUUAACGUUUAUGAAGAUAUGAACUGCCCAACACCUCUGUAUACACCAAUGACUGUAACUUUUAAGGAUAUUCACAGAAAGUUCCAUCAAAUAUUCAUAAACUCUGUAGAGCCUUUGGCCAAUGUACAAAAAAUGAUGGAAAGUGUAAUAAAUAUAGGUACUAGAUUAUCAGGUUAUAAUUUAUGGUACCAACUAGACGGGUAUGAAGAUAGAGAUUUAGCUGAAAACAUUAGAUGUGAGUUAGUCGAUUAUGAAAACAGCUUAAAGGGAAGAAAAUCUCGUAAAUAA